UGUAUUCACUGUACGCUGUAUGCCAGUCAGUGAGACUUCAGAGUGACAAAACAGAAAAUCACCUCCCUCAGGAUGUUACCACGGUUUGGAAAGCAAUGCUGGAUGUUUGUAGCAAUCCUGAUCUGUGGGAUAUUUGUCAGCAACAGCAUUUGUGGCUGCUCAGACGAAAAUGGCAGCUGCAGACAAAAAAAUAUACUUUUUGUCAGUGCCAAAAACAUAAGUCAAGAUCACUUUCCAACAGAAGCUGUCUAUCACAAUGUCAGUGGAACUAAAUUCUGUUUUAAUAUCAGGAUGGACAAAACACAGCAUGCAGCCUGUUGUAACGGAAGCGAUUUCAACUGCAGCCUUAAAAUAAGUGCUGACCAAAACAACUACAGCCUGAUUCUGAAUAAAGAGAUUCUUUCCAAGCAAGAUAUUGUACUGAUGAAAUCACCGAAUCAGAAGUACAGUUGUUUGCCAUCAAUUCUCCACAACAAAACUGAAGAUGACUUCUUUUUAGAAAUGCAUAAAUGCUUGGACAAAGGUGUAACAAAUAUUAAGUUGAGCCAAAAGGACCUCUGCGGAAACAAUACGUAUGAUAAAGAAGCUUGCAAAGAUUUGUCAGCAACAGACUACAAAAUAACCAUCGUUAAUGAAAACGUGCUGCAUUUUGUGUCAUGUGAGCCACCAGAAGAAACCUCAAUCCCUUCUCUUUCUCUCCCCCCACCUGUCGGCAAUAAUGGCACCGGGCUCAGCCCAGAGAAUGCAGCAAAUAUCAUGAAUAAUAUGUCUUCUCUGCUGGACGACAUCGGCAAUUCCAGCAGAGCGACCAUCUCAAUCGGCCAAAUUAAAGGGAUGAUCUUUAAACUCUCCACUGAAAAUCAAGCCGCCAUCAACUAUGAAAUUACAACAAGUGGUGAUAUGAAUAAUGCUGCACCCAGCCUCUCUCGAUCAGUGCAAAUCCCUUCAGAGGCCAGCGCCGUGGCAGUAAAAAAUAAUGGUUCAUUUGCUGCAGUUCUACUUUUUCCAGGAAUGCAUCAGGACGAGCCCGAAAGCAAUUUUCUCAACGAUGAGGUCGUGGGAAUUGAAAUGGGAACAGAAAUAUCCGGACUCUCUAAUACCAUUGACAUUCAAUACAGUGGUGUGGACAAGAAUGGAAGAAUUGCUUCUUGCAGGUCGUGGAAUGGAAAAGGGAAGAAGGCGAAGUGGGUCACACAUGGCUGUAGGACAAACGAGACCAGUGACAGCAUCACGUGCCAGUGCAAUCAUCUGACAUUUUUUGCAAUACUGAUGUCACCCCAAUCUGGAAACAUAAGCGCUUCAGAUUUCAAGUCUCUGACCUAUAUCACAUCGAUCGGCUGUGGCUUGUCAAUGUUUUUCUUGGCAAUCGCUCUCUUCAUGUUUUGUCUUAUGAGAAGAGGGAAGGCAAGCCAAUCGACUAAGCUCCUGAUGAACCUCUUUGUUGCCAUGUUCACUCUGAACUUGUCCUUCCUGGUAAAUGAGAGCAUCGCCAAACUGGGGAACUUCAGCGCAUGCGUGGCGGUGGCAAUGGCUAUGCACUACACCAUGCUGGCCACUUUUAACUGGUUCUUCAUCGAGGCUCUACAUGUGUACUUUAAUCUGUGGAAGCUUCCGACUAAAGUCACACAUUACAUGAUGAAGAUGUGCGUCACAGGAUGGGUCACUCCAGCUGUUGUGGUAAUCGCUCUCCUUGCCUCAAAACAAUAUGAUUACAUAAAAAUUCAAACCGAUGAUGGGAAUUCAGCGACAAUGUGCUGGAUCCCUGAUGCUGUGGUCCACCAGGGGGUGAACAUUGGUUAUUAUGCUGUAGUCUUCAUCUUCACCUUUGUGGUAUUCAUCAUAACUGUGCGGCAGAUUGUUCUCAUUAAGCCCGUGGCAAGGAAAGCUCAGAACCACAGCUCCAUCAAGACAAACUCCUUCUCCAUUAUAGGCCUGUUCCUCCUGCUCGGCAUCACCUGGGCUUUUGCCUUCUUCAGCUAUGGACCUCUGCGCAUACCCUCCUACUACAUCUUUACCAUCCUCAACUCAUUUCAAGGUUUCUUCCUGUUCAUCUACUAUUACAACUCCAGCAAGAUUGUUGCACAGGAAAGAAACUCCAUAGUCAGCAGCAGCAGCACUGCUACAUCAAACACAGAUGUCACACCUCCACAUUGAUAAAGUUUCUUUGCCUUUAAGUGGGGACAGAAAAGGGUUCUGAGAUUAUUUUAGACACAAGAGGGCAGCAUUUUAUAUCAUAUAGUCAAGCAGAGCCUCUGUUGAAUGAGGUGCUCUUAAAUUGCUUUAAAAAAAAUUAUUUUUCUCAUUCUUACUGAUUACCCGGCUAAUCUGGAUUACCUUCAUAAAGAAAGUAUGUCAUGAAUCAAGCGGUGACGGAGGAGAUGGAGUAAUCUCCUGGAAAUCAUUUGCGCUAAUGACUCAGCAGAAGCCCUGCUUUAGUCACAGCUAAGCAUGCAGUAAAGGUUAUGAGUCACUUAGACUAUAUCACAGAGCUCUUAAAUCAAGGCUUCAGUCAUACACUGGAAUGCAGAGUGCAAAUGUUUAGGAAAAAAUAAUGUGAGCCUUUUAUGACUGAUGUGGUUGUCAUAUGGACAGAGGAUGGCCAAACACAGAAAAAAACAAGGUGGAAGGAAGUCCUACCUCUCACACUCUUUACAGUGUUGGGGGCCGAGCUAGCCAGCUAGUGCUUUGCGUGCCUGCAGAUAAUUACCUUGUGCCUACAGAGAGCAGUAUCCACUGUGCGGGGAGUCUUAACUGGCUAACAAGAAAUGAGCUCAUGGCUACCUAUAGUGAUAAGAGGCCUGAGGGCACACUACUAUGUUGAAACUCUUCUCUGAAAUAUGGCUGUAGUUAACUAGCAUUUAUACCAUUUAAUAAGAUAAGUGUAUCUUGGCAAUCUGCAUCACGUUAAUGACCAGGGGUCAUUGGGAAUUGUGUACUAUUUGUGUUGUUAUCCAUUUAUUCAAUUUUUCAGUAUACUUAAUAUUAUUAAGAUCUGAUGUUCUUUUUUUUUUUACAUUAACACACAUUCAUAACAGAUUUCAUAUUAAAGGUAGAGUUCAUCUCAAAAACAAAAAUAUAUAUUUUUCCUCUUAGCAGUGGUGCUAUUUAUCAAUCUGGAUUGCUUC